AGAUGUCGUGGCUAAAGAAAAAUUAUUUUGAGAUGUGGCGUAAAGCGAUUUAUUUUCUCAGUUACCACAUCAAAUAAUAUUAAAUAUUUGUUUCAAAAUCGAUUAAUAACUAAUUGCUCAAUGUAUUUUAGAAACGCUUAGCGAAAUAGUAGAUUUAUACCUUUUAGAAACAUUGUUUGAUUUGGUAGUAAACAGUCGAUUGAUUUACUUUUGAGUCACAGUCGGUAACUUCCGUUUCGAAGAUGGCACUGAAAAUGCCUCGAUUAUUUGCUCCUCGAAUUGUACCUAAUUUAGUGCACACUAUGAAAUCAAUGACACUACAAAACUGUAACAGAAUGUUGCCAAAUAUUUCAUGUGUACAGGUGCAAACUAGAAUGUUGUUCCAUGGACUUGAGAGUCCGAACACUGAAAAAGGAGUAAAAAGUUUCGUUUAUGCUUUGGAUCCAAAUCAACGAUCACUUCUGUACAACGAAUUGCAUAAAUUGGAGAUGGAACGGUCAAAAAUAAAUGAUUACCGUCACCAUCCAAUGGUUCACCCAGCAAUUCACCCCAUUGAACAUAUUGAACCAGCAGAAUCAAAAGUUGAAACCAUAGCACCAACAGUAGGCCAGCUAAGACAUGUGUUCAUCUUCAGCGGGGUGCCAUUUAUUGGUUUUGGCCUGCUAGACAACAUAAUCAUGAUCCUUGCUGGUGAAUACAUAGAUACAACAUUUGGUGCCUUACUUGGAAUCUCAACUAUGGCAGCUGCUGCUUUAGGGAACUUGGUUUCUGACGUAUUUGGUGUAGGAUUAGCUGGUUGGGUAGAAGAAUUAUGUAGUAAAGUCGGGAUCAAACCUCCUGAUCUGACACCCCAGCAACUAGACACCCCAUCCACUAGGUGGUCUGCAGGAGCGGGGAGAUCAGUAGGUAUUACAAUAGGCUGUAUACUUGGCAUGUUCCCUUUAUUGUUCAUGGAUGGUAGGGAAUCAGAAGAACAAACAGACUCAAAAGAAACAGACGCAAAAACAGAAAAGUCAAAUGAGGAUAAAAAAUCUUGAUAAUAAGCAUCGUUUAAGUAGUUUUACUUGUACAUUUAAUUUAUACAUGAGUCAAGCACAUUCUGUACAUAUAUGCCACAACUGAGGACAUGUACAUACAUUCACAUACUAGUACAUUUUAAGUACAUUUCCAAUUGAUGUCUUCCAAAAUAAAAGUAUUAUAAUAACAAGCAUAUUUUGGGGAACAUAUUGUUAGCUAUCAGCAUUACUGAGAUUUCAUCACGAUGCAUGAGACGCACAUUUUCAUUACAAUACUGGCCAGUUGAUAUUUUCAUGAUGUAAAAUAUUGGCAAAUAAUGUGGCAACCCCAAGGACAUCUUCCAUAUAUCCUGGAAGCAAUAGUACAGAUAACAUGGAUUAUAGAAGAUCUGUGUUGAGGAUUGGCAUAAUAUAGAAAGAAGAAUAAGUAUGGUGCAUUGAAAAUUGCUCGAGAAACUUGGGCACUCUAGUAUACAAGUGUCAUCAAUACUUGUAAAAGGGUAACAAUUAAUCAUUAGUGUAGUACAAUAAUGAUACAAUGUUCAAAAUCAAUGCACCAUAUUUAAGAUAGGAUUCAGUGACUUCUUUCUUGGUGAAUUAUAUGUCUCAACAGUCGACUUAUCUACCUCAAACAGUUUCUGAUAAUACAACUACAACACAUUCUCUCUACGCAAAUCUGACAAUCUUCAGAUUGAAUGAUUAAAUUUAUUAAAUAAUAUAUAUGAAUGUAACUUGGACAAGAUUGUAAAUAUUUUGAUAUAUUUAUAAGUGUUAAUACUUACCUAGCAUUAUAGUGUUGAUCGAUGUGUUGAGAGUGAAAUUUGGGGCCACGGAGCAUACGUUUGAGUAUGUGCACUGUGCAGUGAGUCCAUGUAAUAAACCUAAGCUUUAACAAAUGUAAGAAUCACCCUACCAUGGAUGAACUACUGAAGGUGAUCUUAGUCAGAGAAUUCUUAAGUCAUUAUUGAGGCCAUUGUAAUGAUGACAUUCCAAUACUUGUAAAUGAGUCAAUUAGAUUGCUCAUUCUAUCUAUCUAUAGAGUUUUAGUGACUAUAAAUGCUUCCAUGCUUUCUGUGUUCCCAUAUAUGAGCAGCUUCACUUUCAGAAUUGUGGAAAGAUGGAACAUGGUAACAGUCAGUAAUAUGGCUAACUAAAAGUAGUACAAAUGUAUACUGCAAGUUGCUUAAAUUUGGUGCUAUUUAAUUUGGUGGAUUGGGCAAAUUUUGAAAUUUUGCCUGCUAUUUAGUUUGGCGGAUUUACCCAUUGG